AUGGGUAAUUCGAACUCCAAGGAACAAGUCUCCCAAGACAACGAUGAGAACGAGGCGGGCGAGUCUUUGACUAGCGGGUGGACCUGCCUGUUACGACGAUAUCUGAUCACUGAUUUGCGGCUCUGUCUUUUCUUCUUAGGACACACCGCCGGACCCCCCUUCAUUUUCGAGUACCGCUUCGAGCCCAACGACGAUGUUGCUACGGUCCGAGAAGCUCGAGAAUUUAUGAUGGGCGGGUCUUAUAGAGAGCUUUUCGAACGCCUCAACCUGCACCAACAACAGUUGCUCGCCGAAUCUGAAGAGAAUUCGGUAGAUGAGAUCGCUGUUGAGAGUAGGCUGCUGGUCUUCACGAUCAGUGCUGCUUACUGGCUUCGAUCGACCAAGGAGCUUCCGGAUGCUGUCGAAGCGGCAAGGCUCAUUCUGCUCCACGGCGAAGAUGACGGAUUUUACCAUGCACAGAACAUCAGCGAGCAUAUGGAUCAGAUGGAUUUCGGUCGUGAGGCAGAACUAGUCGACUUUCUUGCUUGUUGGGGGGAUUGGGAGGCGAGGCGUAUUCAAGCGGGAAUCGACUAUAUCGCUCAACGUCCCCCUGGCCGAACCGCUUCUGGAGCUGGUAGCGGAUUCCUCAAAGAUACGCUCACUGGUAACUCUAUGAGGGAAUCCGCCUCCUCGUCAUUCCCCCCCGUCCAGACCGCCUUUCCCGAGAACGAUACCUCCGGACAGAUUCGUCUCCUCACCGCCUCGUCGAGCCCGAUGGAUUUGGGUCAACUCGACGUUGAAAGCGAGAUGGACAAGAUCCAAUCCGCCAUCGCAAGGGCUCGACGACAGGACAAGUUCAACAUCUUGGGCACGGAAACGAAAGGUCUCUUCUUUCAGGACGACUCUGGCCGAGCCGUCGAGGUCGAGAAGGAGAGGUUGGAAGGUAUGAUCAGGGACGCGCACGAUCACGGGCAACUCAAAGCGCUCUUCCUCAACGCUUGCUUCAGCGCCCACGACACCUAUACCACGUUCGCUCAAAUCGGGGUUUGCGUCAUCGCUAUUCAGCAACCCGUCGAAGAUGACGCGGCGAUCUUUUUCGCCAAGGAGUUCUAUGGAAAGUUGGCCGAAGGGUUGACGUUCCGUGUGGCCUUCGACAGAGCGAAGAAUACGACCAGGGCGGCAUAUUCGCGAACCGCUAUCAACCCUGACUUCUAUGAGAGGUAG